ACCCAACUCCCAAAGCCAUGGCCUGUUGUGUGACCCGCUGCUGCAGUGUCCCCACCGGUCCUGCCACUACCAUCUGCUCCUCCUCCAAGUCCUGCCGCUGUGGAGUCUGCCUGCCCAGCACCUGCCCACAUGAGAUCAGCCUCCUUCAGCCCACCUGCUGUGACCCCUGCCCCCCACCCUGCUGCCAACCUGAGGUGUACGUGCCAACCUGCUGGCUGCUCAACUCUUCCCACCCAACUCCCGGCCUGAGUGGCAUCAACCUGACCACCUAUGUCCAGCCUGGCUGUGAGAGCCCCUGUGAGCCCUGCUGUUAG